AUGAUCUCAGACGAACAACUCUAUCAACUCGCCAUGUUCCUUGGCUCCUGCGCCAUGCUCCUCAUCGUCCUCUACCAUUACCUCGAAGUCAACGCCAAAGACUCUUCUGCAACCUCCUCCACAUCCUCCCAGACCUCUGUAAAAUCCCACGCGUCGACAAGUUCGUCGAAGAAUUCCAUUUCCACUACAACAAUUAACCGAGAUGCGGCUGGUUGA